AAGUUGGCUGUGAACUUUGUUUCCAAAUCAAUUGAAGGUUUGAGAAUUGGAAGAAAUUGAAGGAUUCAACGCAACCAGAAGUUUCAGAAUUCCUUGCUAUGGUAGAAAAAAAUCAAGAUGUACCAUUUGGAUUCUGCAACAGCUCUGAAGUCCUUUCUUAUUAUAAUAUCACAACAAAUACCAUCUCUGUCUUUCGAAAGGUGGAUAACAAAAGGCAAGAUCUGGAACUCCAAGACAUUGAAGAAAUUGAUGCCGCCAAGCUGAGUCGUUUUGUCGUGAUCAAUGCACUCCGUUGGGUGACCGAGUACAACCCUAUGACUGCAGUAGGCCUCUUUGAUAGUGCUGUUCAGAUCCACCUUCUCUUGUUCACUGACAAGUUGUCCCCAAAGCAUGCAGAGAGGAUUGACAAGUACCGUGAAGCAGCAGCCCUCUUUCAAGGGGAGAUUCUUUUUAUCUGGGUGGACAUCCAUGUAAAGGGCAACGAGCGGGCGAUGUCUUAUUUUCACUUGAAGAAGUCCCAGCUGCCUGCACUGGCUGCGUACCACACUCCUGACGAGGAGCAGGCUGUGCUGCCCCUGGAAGAAAUCACUGUGGAGGCAGUAAAGGAGUUCUGCAAUGGCUUCUUACAGAGGAUGAAAGAGAAAGAAAACCCUAAGCCUGAGGAUAAAACCUCCAGAGAGGAACUCUGACUUCAUCCCAAGCCUUUAACAACAACAUAAGUCCACUGUAAUUCUAUUUGUUCUUUGUGGAAAAAUAAUCAACGGCAACUCAAUAGUCUGGAGAUCCCUUACACAACAGAAAUAUGCCAGACGCAGUCAACUGAGUUCAAUACUUCCCCAGUCAUUCCAUAAAUGCUUAUGCUGUCUUUUCCAUUUUACCAGUUCCAUCUUU